CGCUCGCUGGCAUGAUCCCUAUCCAUAGCGGAAGACACUCUACCCCUAAUGGCAUACUCGACGACGUAAACUGCGCACGCGAUAUCCCGCACGCUCCGCUUGGAGCAUUCAAAAACUCAAUAAGAUCAGUUCUAUUAACACGGAUAUACUACCCCCAUUAAAAUCGAACAUUGCUGACAUGUCUCUAAUUUCUACUCACACAAUCGCCGAGCACGCCACUGCCUCAAGCUGUUGGAUAAUUGUGCACGGCAAAGUGUAUGAUGUUACAGAUUUUCUGCCCGAACAUCCGGGUGGUAGCAAGAUCAUCCUGAAGUAUGCUGGUGCGGAUGCAACUGAAGCAUAUGACCCUAUUCACCCUCCGGAUGCCAUUACGACCCAUCUACCCAAGGAAAAGCACCUUGGCGUUGUUGAUCCGAAUACUGUAGCCAAAGUUGUACACAAGGAAGUCACUGCAGAAGAGAAGAUUCGCCAAGAAUUAAUAGUCGCUCGACCCUCCCUGGAUGAAAUCGUUAAUCUGCAUGAUUUCGAGGCGAUCGCAAAAGCAAUCCUCUCUCCUAAAGCAUGGGCUUACUACUCCUCAGCGUCUGAUGAUGAAAUCACCAUCCGGGAAAAUCGCGCCGCAUACCAAAGAAUAUGGUUCCGUCCUCGUAUUCUUCGUGACGUUUCGGUUGUCGAUUGGUCGACAACUAUUCUCGGUCAGAGAUCCUCGCUUCCGGUAUACAUUUCUGCUACAGCACUUGGCAAGCUUGGCCAUCCAGAUGGAGAACUCAAUCUCACCAGAGCAGCCGGCAAGCAUGGCGUAAUCCAGAUGAUCCCAACGCUUGCAUCUUGCGCAUUCGAUGAAAUUGUCGAUGCCGCGGUCCCCGGCCAGGUCCAGUUCCUGCAGCUAUAUGUCAACCGUGACCGAGAGAUCACAAGGAAGUAUGUCCAACACGCCGAGAAGCGUGGUGUGAAGGGCCUCUUCAUCACCGUCGACGCCCCUCAGCUCGGUCGCCGCGAGAAGGAUAUGCGCAUGAAAUUCGUUGAUGAAUCAGGGGUUGCAAAAGUCCAGGAAAAUCAGUCCGGAAUCAGGAAGGACGAAGGCGUUGCCCGCGCCAUAUCUGUAGGUGCAAGCAAAUCUUACGUGACAGAUCAUAUUGAAUGCAUUAAUCAGUCCUUCAUUGAUCCUUCCUUAUCAUGGAAGGACAUUCCCUGGUUUAAGAGCAUCACCAAUAUGCCUAUCGUCCUCAAGGGUGUUGCUACACCUGAAGACGCACUCAUGGCCUACGACUAUGGUCUUGCUGGAAUUGUGCUAUCUAAUCACGGUGGCCGACAACUAGACACGGCUCGAUCCGGUAUCGAGAAUCUGAUUGAGGUUGUUGCCGCUCUCAAGACCCGUGGCCCUUGGCCUAACCCUAAAUUCGAAGUCUUCGUUGAUGGUGGCGUUCGGAGAGCCUCCGACGUGCUCAAGGCUAUCGCGCUUGGGGCAUCUGCCGUUGGCGUUGGUCGGGCAUUCAUGUACUCAUUCUGUGCCUAUGGACAGGAAGGCGUUGAAAAAGCCUUCGAAAUCAUCCAGGAUGAGCUGAUGAUGAACAUGCGGCUUCUUGGCGCUCGUACGAUAGAUGAACUUUCGCCUGAAAUGGUUGAUGCAAACGCCCUGCACUCGCACGUCGGUCUCACUCCUCCAGAUAACCUAUAUAAUACUAUAUAUCAACCCCUGGCACUUGCCCAGUUCAAGACCAGGCUGUAACAUUGGGGUCCUGCAUUUGAGUUUUACGUAUAUUAUUCAUGAAUCUUGAGUUUAGAUAUGCUGCGGAUGACAUAAAUGAUGCCCUCACCGUAUAUCCCAACGCACAUACUAAAUUGUGGAAGACCCAUCCGAGUGGCCAAGUGUUAUUUCAACCUGUUCGGUCACAUGACGGUAGUGGCAAGGCUAUGCAUGGGAUAAUUCCGAGGGAUGACGCGUG